GUUUGGUUUCAGAACAGAAGAGCGAAAUGGCGGAAAAAAGAAAAGGUCGGAGGUCAGUCACAUCCCUACAGUUCUUACCCGCCAGGUCUGCAAAUGAUGACCCGCAACAUAUUAGCACCGCCAGCGACUCAGCUACAUCAUCACCCGCAUUCAAUGACCUACUCAGACCUUCUCUUGAAGACCUACGAGAGCGCCAUGAUGUCUCGAUACGGGAUGGCAGCGCAGAUGACACAGUUUGGACCAGCAACCUUGUACUCGCCGACAACUUUCCCUUCCAUUGGACUGUCGGCUCCCGGCAGCAUACACGCUAAACGGACACUAAUGCCGCUCUCACUUCCACUCCCUCCACCUGGAUCAUUCCAACAUCUCCUAGCCAGCAUGACCUCGUCCGCCCUGAAAGCGCGGGAAUCGGAAGUGACGUCUUCCUCGCCGCCAUCAAAACCAGGCCUGCCAGGUAAAACGCCGUCGCCUAGCAACGAAGCGGAAUUCAUGCGCAAACUAACGGCGCGGUCAGUGUCUCCGGAUUCAAGUCAAGAGCACGGUGACCCGCGCACAUCCCCGAGCACUGGGGAUAUCAGGAGCACUAGCAUUGCUUCCCUCAGACUUAAAGCUAAAGAACACCAGCUACGAAUAGGCACAGACACUUGCGCGAAAAUUGUUUAUUGA